AACCUUCCCCCAUAACCAUCACCCCAAAAAGUCUCCCCCACUACUCUCCAUUUCUCUUAUAAAGCAACUCAAAAUCCGAUCAACAUAUUCAGUUAUCUCAAAAAACCUCUCACUGUGUGUGAAGAAGAAGAAGAAGAUGCCUGAAUUCAUGAAAUCUAAAACAGUUCAAACAACACUAGCAGUAGCAGAUGCGCUUUCCUUUUACUGUGCGAUUACAAUAGUAGCACUCAUGCUCACCGGCGCUUUUAGAGAUGAUCAGAAUUUCAGUUAUUCUCUCAGCACCACCGCCGGAGGAGGAGGAAACAGGCUGCCGGUGCUGAACCGCCGGCCAUGUGAUGAGAUAUACGUGGUCGGAGAAGGAGAAACUCUUCACACCAUAAGCGAUAAGUGUGGAGACCCGUUUAUUGUGGAAAAAAACCCUCAUAUCCAUGAUCCCGAUGAUGUUUUCCCUGGCCUCGUCAUCAAGAUCACCCCUUCUUCUUCUUCUUCUUCUUCUGGUUCAUAAAUCAGCAGAUUUUCUUUUUCUUUUUGUAAUUUGAUAUCCCUCGUUAUGUAACAGAUGUGGAGAAUUGAUCAAUGAUAACAUAUAUACUAGUUCUUAUUAUCAA